UGAUUGUCCAUCUUAGGUCAAUAGAUUAGACGGACCUAAGAAAAAAAAAAUCCUACUGUUUGUGUUUGUGGUUCGAUUCGGUUGGCACUUGGCAUUUGACAGCUAUAUUGUAUUGAUUUCUUCCAGUUAAAUCAGCCCAAUUUCCCUGAUAUCCAAAAUUUCUCCCCAAAAACUAGUUCUUAGUUAAUUACAACUUUGAUCAGUGUUCGUCAUGGCAGCGAAAAUUCAAGAAGCUCAGCAACAUUGCAGAGCUGCAGAAAAAUACCUUAAGACAUCUUUCCUCCGAUGGAAGCCUGAUUACGAUUCGGCGGCGGAUGAAUAUAAUCAAGCAGCUCAAUGCUACCGGAUCGCCCGGGACCUUCAGAACUCGAAAGAGUGUCACCUGAAGGCCUCAGAGAACUACAAUAAGCACAAGGCGUUCUUCCAUGCCGCCAGAGCUCUGGAGAAUGCCAUACUGGUCAGCAAGGAGACCAGUUCUCCUGAGGAGGUGUACAACCUAGCUACAGAAGCAGCCAGCCUGUACCAGCAGCAGGGCUCGGGCGACUCCGCCGCUGCAUGUCUAGACAAGUCCGCCAAAAUCAUAGAGGAGCGCUCACCGGAGCUGGCUUACAAACUGUUUUCUCAAGCGGCUGAUGUGUCUUCAGGUGAAAGUAGUCAGCACCAAGGUGCAGAAUACAUAAGCAAGGCGUCCAGACUUCUUGUCAAGUUGCAAUGGUACGAUCAAGCUGUAGACAGUCUUCGGAGGGAAAUCGGUUUCCACCAGGAGAGCGGGAACACGGGCGCCAUCGGCCGGCUCACUGUUGCCGUUGUACUGGUCCAACUGGCCCGGGGCGAUGCUGUGGCAGCGGAGAAAGCGUACAAGGAAUGGGGUAACAACUGCGAAGUGGCCGAAAUGCAAACGAUAGAGCAAUUACUAUCGGCAUACGACGAGGAGGACCGCGAGUCCGCCAAGAGAGCCCUAAUGUCGCCUUUUAUAAGGAGCAUGGACGUGGAGUACGCCAGGCUAGCACAGUUGGUGCCCUUGCCAGAAGCUUUAGAGCCCACACCCAGCGCUGGGAUCCGUGAGAACGCCGCGCCAUCAUACGUCAGUCCGAACGCCUCCAACUAUGAGCGCGCGUCGCCCGAAGGCGAUAGUAGGCCGGACAAUGCUUCAUACGAAGCUCCCGUGCAGCCACCAGACGAAGAGGAACUGUGCUAGACACAGACAGUAUUCCUGGACAUAUUAGGCCACGACCAAGAACCGACAGUCUAUUUUGAGAUUAAAAUCUCGAUAAGAAAUAAGUAAGCAUCAAAGAGUAUUGAUUGUAAUAUGAGAGGUAAAGUCUAAGAAAAAAACGUGCGCCUUGUACUCUGUCCCCCUUAUAAACGUCUACUAAAGUUGACAAGCCGCUAAUAAUCGUUUGUCCCUUUCCGACGUAUUGGUAUGAUGGAAAGGGACAAACGAUUAGCGGCUUGUCAACUUUAGUAGACGUUUAUGAAUAAGGGGGUGUAUCUUGAGGUAUUUAAAUAAAAAUAAACAAACAAUUUGUACACUUUCGGUUAGUUAUAACAUUUAUUGGUUAACCAACCAAAUACAAAACCGCCUGGAUCUGUCACUGAACGACCUGACUUUAACCUACAUUAUUUGACCAUGUAAUGUUUUCAUCUACCGUCAACUGGCUUAAGGAGCUAUUUGAGGGUAGAUUUUGUUUUUAUUUAUAUAAUAAUGAUACAGAGUAUAGUUCGACAUCCAUAACAGAUGGCGCUGUACUGCGCCAUAUGCUUUGCAGUCACUGAAUUGUGAAACGUCAAAUUUUGACAAUCAGAAUUACCGCAAAGUGUAUGGAGCUGUACAGCGCCAUCUUGUUUACCUGUCAAAUUCGAAACACGAAAUUGUCUUAGAUUUAAUUGACUCAAUCAAUAUAUCUUAUAGAUUGCUCGCUCCAUAUAUCAGUUUUCUUACCGAACCGCUUAUUAUUUUCGUAGUCGACAUCUAGCGUAUUUAUCAGUACCGCUACUUGACACUAGAUGUCACCAGUGUCGCGACUGACUAAAAGUGUAUAGGGGCCGUGCGCGUUGGAGAGUCUGCCAUCUUGUGGCCUGAAUCGGAACAAUAAACAUGUACAUGUACACGUCACGUGUUUUCUUGUGCAUAGUAAGUGCUGCCAUCUUGUGGGCUACAUCUGAACAAUAAACGUCACAUUUACGCCUCGCGCCAAAAAUCUGACGGCUCCUGUGCUGCCUCCUACAGUUCAUGCACGCUCCCUAUUGCUCAAACUGAUAUUACAAGUUGAAAAUAGAAUUCCGGUUAUAUUAGAUGAAAAUUGUUGAGCAUUAGACUUUUCGUUCGUCGCGACAUCUAUUGUAAAAUAGCAGUACUGAUAAAUGCGCUAUUUGACGCUAGAUGUCGACUACGGAAAUAAUAAGCGUUUUGGUAAGAAAACUGAUGUAUGGAGUGAGCACUCUGCUUAUUUAUUUCUCUAUGAUUAAGAGGAAAGGGGACGACCGGUUCUCCAUACAAACGUGGUCCCCGUUUUCCUUUCUGGAUUACAUGCUUAUUAACUAUAUUCGUUUAUUAUUUUGGACUUUUUGUUAAUAUUGUAAGAAUUAGAAACGAAAAACAAAACACAAACAAUUUUUUUAACGCUCCUAACUCUUAUAUUAAGUAAAAAAUUGAAAGAAAUCAAACAACCGGCAUAGCCAUAGUCAAUAUAGGUAUUGGGUAAAAAUAUUUUCUAUAAUCUAGGGAGGAAAAUGGGGACUACAUUUGUAAGGAAAAGCGAUCAUUCACUAUCGUAUUAAACAACUUAUACUUUUGGCCAUAUUGACCAGAAUGAUUUCGUGUAUUUAUAUUAUAUAAUUUCGUUUAUUGUAAAAUUACAAAACUAUGCAUUUUUAAUAAGUAAAAAGAAUUUGCUUAGAAUAGAAUAGCUUCAGUUAUUAAAUUUUUUACCUAUUUUUUGACUAGUAUGAAACCCACCCCACACCCAAAACUCCGGGGUAUGCUUAUGAUAGCCAACCACCGUACAGACGAUCCUAGAAUAAUACGCAUAAAAUAUUUUGAACAAACACUGUUAAUCAAAGAGAAUUUGAAAUUGAGGUGUAUUGUCAAAGAAAACUUUGUUGCCACAGCAAAUUUACUGCCAUCUUUCGACACAUGAUUAAAUCUUUUGGAACGCCAUUUGACUUUGAUCCUUAUUUCACUGAUGUGUGUUAAAUUUGUUAAAUAUCUAAAGUGGCGCCAUCUAAUAGAUCAUAUGCAAAAGGUAUGGCGGCAUCGUUUCGAGCGAUGGCGCCUCAACCUUUAGCCGGUGCCCGGUAAGAUGGCGGAUAAUACACCUUUUUUAUUAGAUAUAAGAUAUUAAUAUAUUGUUUUUUUUUUCUCUGAACUCCCCAUCGGCACACAAACCUCAAGGUUUUGCCUACGAUGGGUCUUGUAUUAAAUUCUAGACUGUAACUUAUUUGUUAAUUCCAUAAAUAAAAAAAAAAACCUCCAUUUCAAAUUUUCUUUGAUAUAUAUAAUAUAUAAAUUGCAGUAUAUAUUGUACAUAACACCUACACUCGACUUUAUAGCAAUUGAUCUAGUGAGUUGUGUUUAGGUAUUAUUUUAGAGCUGUUUACUAAUGUGAUAGGCCAUUCUAAGGUUUAGGUAGAUAUAGUUUGGUGUACUAUGUAUUAAUUAAGCUCUGGUUUCCUAAAAUAGCGUUGCCGUCAUAUAGCGUCCGUAAUACAGCGGUGAAUGACGUCACUAGAACAUUGUGUAUGUAAACAAAAUGGCGCGGUUUCCUAGAGGGCGGUGAUUGAAGGAACAUUCUUUUUGCGUCCGUAAUAUUACGGCCGCUAUAUGAUGGCACCGCUAUCUUAGGAAACCAGCGCUUAAUUAAAUUUGUUUUUUUAAAUAUUCCUCUUUAACGUGUAAUUAAAUAAUCUUAAUAUGUUGAUUAUGUAUGUUAUUUUUUGUAAGGAAGUAUGGGACUCCGGAAGAUAGAACAUCUUACGGUAGAUGUCGCUACCUGUCUCCCUAAGGUGUAAACAAUAAGGGAAUGGAAAAAUUUUGGUUCGUGCGUUCCGAAAGACCGCAACUUCGAGUUUUGCACGAGCGGUGUUUUUUUUUUCUUUUAUUUGUUUUAAACAACAACGGCGCAGACCAGCAAUUUAAAAGUACACUUUUUUUACUUGUAUUUUUUUUAUUAGAAUCACGCUUCGAUCGUAGAAAACGUGUCCCAAGAUUUUUAUUUCAAUUCCGUUACCAUGUUUCAUAGACUUUGUAUGACGGUAACGGAAUGGAACGAAAAAUGUAUGGAAAUUUCGGGACAGUUUUUCUUUUCUUAUUACAAUCGAAAGAGUUCGUGAUUUUGAGUAAAUAAAAAUACAAUUUAAUUAAUUAUUUUACACAAAUUGACUAAUGGCCCAAACUCGACUCCCACAGGAAAUUAUUCACCACAAGACGAUAUUGGACGACUGCUCUUCUAUACAAAUGUAGUCCCCAUUUUCCUCCCUGGAUAUUGACAUGAUGUAUAACAAAUUUACGCAAUUUAUUAUAUAUUAACCAUAUCUAUGCUCCUUUGUUUGACUUUUUACAUUUUAUAUCUUUAUUAUCAUAUUAUUAUAAUAAUUUAAGUACUGAAAAAAUCAAAUUAUUUUAUAAAACAUUUUUGAUUUGUUUUUUUAAGUAGUCACACUACAUGACAUAAAUUGUAAACUAAAAUAGAUAUCAUACACAUAAAAAAAACUGAUAAAGGCCACCGGUGGCCGAGACGGAAAUCGAACCCGCGUCUCCAGCUUAAGCGGCUAAGGGCUUGUGCACAAAUCACGCGAGGUUUUUUUCGGCUAGUUUUUGACCCCCCCUCCCCCUUGGUGAUAUUUGGUGAGGUUCUUGGCGAACCCCCGCUCCCCCACAUAACCUCACGUGUAUUUUUUUAUUUUUUUUUAUUCGACCUUAUUUUAAGAUAAAUAGUAUUGUAUAGAGUAAAUCUUGUUUAGACUGGCUAUUUUGAAGUGCCAAGUGAAGGUUUUUGGUUAACAAAACCGAGAAAAAGUAUGUGGUAGAUAUUUUUUCUUAGUUUCGUUUACCAUAGAAAAAUACACGUGAGGUUUUCUUAUAUCCCCCCUCCCCCAACGUGAUCUGUCGUGAUUUUUUCGUGACCCCCCUCCCCCCCUAUCGAACCUCGCGUGAUUUGUGCACAAGCCCUAACGUCCUGACGUCUAGACUUUUUCUUAAGUGUUUUAGUGUAGUUUUUUGUAGAAUGACUAGAGAAAUACUUACACUUACCUACUUUUAAAAGCAGUGUAAUAAUGAUUUAAAAAAUCAAAAAGAAAAGAAUAAGUAAAUCAAACGAAGGAAGCUGUGGUUAAUAUACAUCAGUUUGCGUAAACAUAUGUGACGUUAUCUAUGAAAAGGGACCUUAUUGUCGGUGGCGCCAUUAUGAACGAUGCUCCCAUAUUAUAAACAACGCCGCGCUACGGAGUGCGGCGUAAGCGCCAUCGACAAUAAGGUCCCUUUUCGUAGAUAAUGUCACAUAUGUAAUGUUAAUAUUCAGAGGGGUAAAUGAGGACUACGUGUGUAUGGACAACCGGUCACGUGACGUCGUCCCCUUUCCUUUUUACUCUAUAAUUUUCAGGCCAAACCAUAGAGAAAUAAGAAGUAAUAGAGUGCUCACUCCAUACAUCGGUUUUGGUACCAAAAUGCUUAUUAUAUUCGCAGUCGACAUGUAGCAUCGAGUAGCGGAACUCUCAGUACUGCUACUCGACAAUAGAUGUCGCGGCAAACAAAAAGUCUAAUGCUCAACGAUUUUCAGCUAAUAUUAUAACCGGAGUAAGGUGAAAAUAGAGUUCCGGUUACUCUGGUUAUAAUAUUAGCGGAAAAUCGUAUCGUAGAGAUAUCUAUUGUCGAGUAGCAGUAUUGAGAGUUCCGCUACUCGAUGGUAGAUGCCGACUGCGAAAAUAAUAAGCAUUUUGGUACCAAAACUGAUGUAUGGAGUGAGCACUCUAUUACUUCUUAUUUCUCUAUGGGCCUAACUGACUCAGGCCUGCUAUGUUAAUAAUAGCAAAGUUAAUUGAUUGUAAUAGAGAGGUAGUCUAAGAAAAAACACCCCUUAGUUUGACAUCCAAAACAGAUGGCGCUGUACUGCGCGAUAUGUUUUGCGGUCACUAAAUUGUCAAACGUCACAGUUUGACAAUAAGUGUUACCGCAAAAUGUAUGGAGCUGUACAGCGCCAUCUCGUUUACCUGUGAAAUUCGAAGCACGAAAUUGUCUUAGAUUUUACACAUCUUACUCAAUCAAUGUAUCUUUGGUAAUAAUCAAUUUUCAAAAUGACAUUUGUUUGAUGUUUUUGUACUUGCGCAAAUUAUUUGAAGAAUAAAAUAUUAGCCUUUUUAAGAAAUCGCUGUAUAUUGAGUAUAUUGAAAACUAUGUAUAAUAUAAAAUGAAAAUCAUGUUGCAUUUUACUAUAUCAAUAAGUAAGUUAUGUUUUUGUGAUGCCUAAUGUUAAGGAAAAGCUUAAAAUGUUAUAAAUAUUAUGUCAGUAUGGGUAAGUGUGGAUGCGGGAUAAGUAUGACUGAGCUUCACAUUGGGCCCUGUUUACCCAAUGAUUGGUGUUUAUUACGAUUUCAUACAUUUGACCCGGUUUUUAGAAAAUAAUGUACCAAUUGGCGUGAGUAUUUAAGAAAAAUUAAUCGCUGUCAGUUUUGUGACGACAAUUAAGCAUGAAAUCUUUAUGGGAAACAACUUUUUGGCUUUUUUUACAUUGCAAUAUCGCUUAUAGUUAUAAACUGAAAUAAAUGUCAUAUACUAAGAAAAAGUGACCAAGGCCUCCAGUGAUCAGGCACCUGCCGCGAUAGCAGAGGACACUGGUUCGAUUCCAGCCUGGGGCACUGGAGGCCUUGGUCACUUUUUCUUAGUAUAUGACAUUUAUUUCAGUUUAUAAUUUAUAUAGUAGUGUUUCUACUUGAAAUAAAAACAAUUCUUUUUUUUUUAAUAAUUUAAUUUUUUCUUAUACUUCUAAUAGUAUCGCUUAUAGUUUAUGAAAUGUACACCAAAACCAAGUUUAUAUUGAAAUUUAAUGCUUAAUUAAUAGUGAUUAACUUUUCUUAACUUACGGUAAUUGGGUGCACUGUUUUCUGAAAACUCCCCUAAACGCAAGUAGCAAAUGCACGGACUCGCAAUAAACAUUAAUCAAUCUAUAAACAGACCCCAAUGUGAAGGACACACAUACAUACCCAUAUGUCACACUUAUCCAUAUUGAUUAAUUAUGUAUAAGUAUUAUAUAUCAAUACGUGUAAAAUAAAAUAAUAACAUCAUAUUCACGUAAUUAUAAUUGUUACAAAGCUUAAGAUAAAUGUAUAAUUUGCUCGAGAAUAUUAAAUAUGUUAAAUUAAUUUUAAAUAUAUCGUGAUUUGGUCAAUUCAAGGCAUUAGGUCUAAAGAACGGUGAGCACUAGUAAUUUCGUGUAUUGACCCGCAUGUUUCUGUCUCUGUCGUACGCGCGUAAUUGUAUACUGCUGUCGCGUCGAUGGCGGCGGCGGUCAAUGCUACUGUACGAGCGGGACAGCAAUAUAAUUACCCGCGUGCGAUAGAGAUGAAGGCGAGUCAAUGUAAGAACUUCUACGUGCUUAAUGUCCGUCAGUGUUGGCCGAACGUUACAAAUUUCCUUCCUAGAGUUCCUAGUUACUAUAAUUUAAUAAACAUCUAUUCGAAGUAAAUUGCUUUCAAAAUUCGUUGGCUAAUCUAAAAUAAGUUUUUGGUAAAAAUUUCGUUUUUGGUACAUGCUUUUAUCGCUGACUGUACUUUUUUCCACAGGCAACUAAUACUCAUCGAGAAAACCCCAAACACAAUUAGGUUGCGUUGUUUUAUCACAGAGUUCCUGUUGCUGCCUCCUGUCUCCAUCAUCAGAUCAGCUUGAUGGUACCAUAAUAUUGCAUUGUCACCCGACUUACAUAUGUAUGCAAAUUUUCAGCUUCAUCGGAAACCGGGAAGUGGGUCAAAUUUAACUUGCAACAUUUGUGCCAUACAUACUAACAGGGCAAGUUAAAUAAAAGCUUGUAAAAUAUAGUUAAACUAACAAGGAAAGGUACCCAACUGUCCGGUUCCGAUUUGAUUUAUAUUUAUAUAUGUUAUAGAGUAGUCUAAAAUAACAGACACGUAUUUUUUUUUAGCUGCCCAAACUCAACCUAUUGGGAGAAAUUGUCCUCCAAAGUACUAAAAAAUUACGAAAUCUUCUAAUUCCUAUGGAAAGUGAUGCUCAAGCAGCUUGCUAGUUAAUGGCUGGUUUGAGUAUAUGUUUGAAAGCAGCAAAAAAUAAUGAGCACGUGUUUUGUUAUAUCGGCUAAAACUAAUUUUUUCCUAAAAAAAAAUCGUCAUUCGAAGUUUUAUAAUAUCUUAUCGCUAAAGUUACACAUAAAGACGGGUGUUUUUUUUAGGAAAACUUGAGUUUAAGCAGAUAUAACAAAACACGUCUACAUUAUUUUUUCCUGUUCUCAAACAUAUACUCAAACAAGCCAUUAAAUAGCAAGUUGCUUGAGCAUCACUUUCUAUAUUAGUAACUUUUUAGUACUUUGGAGGACAAUUUCUACCAAUAGGUUGAGUUUGGGCAGCUAAAAAAAAAUACGUGAGCGUUAUUUUAGACUACUCUAUAACAUAUAUAAAUAUAAAUCAAAUCGGAACCGGACAGUUGGGUACCUUUCCUUGUAAGUUGUUUUAGUACAUAAGUACAGAUAUCAGUUUUUUUUCUGAUACAAAAAUUUACAGUAACUAUAUAAGUAUAUUUAUUUCAGUCUAUAAUUUAUAAUUUAUGAACCUCCAGGUUUUUUUGUUGUAUUUUCCUUUUGUUAUGGUACAUCAUUUGUAUUGCAUUGUUGAUAUGUUUAUAUUACUGUUUUGUUUCUAAAUAAAUAAAAAUAUUAACCUUAAACUGUAACCGUUCGUUACGGUUUUCGGUUCAAUUUGUAAUGGUUAAAGGUCAAUUCUAACUAACGUUCAGCCAACACUGGUGUCUGUACCCCUAGUGUAAAUUUAUUCGAUAGCAAGACGUGACGUACUCGUUUGUGGUAAAUCUCAUUUUGUAAGGGACGUUUUGGAAACUCAAAAUUACUUACUAUUACUUAACGCAAACGCGUACGUCACGUUUCGCUAUCGAAUAAAUUUACACUAGGGGCUCAGAAUUAUUGAAAAUAACUCUGUAAUAAAUAAAUAUACUUGCAAA